AUGAGUUACCUUCUCCAGCCCUUUUCCCUUGGCACAAAUGAGAGCAUUGAAGAUACCUUCAUCGCACCCCCUGACAACAUACAGGAGAGCCGAGAUGCGAUGGAGGAAGCGGAAAGACGGCUGUUGUACGACGACUUCCAGAAAUGUGGGAUUUUGCCCGAGUCCAUCUUGACUUUGCCCGAGUUGCUUGCUCGUCUGCGUACGUCUGCACGCCACUACGAUGAAGAAAUGCUUCGGCGCAUCUACGCUGCCUUGUCAUCAUUUAGGGGGCUGAGGGAGCCUUGUACAACUGGCCGCGUCUUCAUAGAGGCCUAUAUGAAACGCCGGCGGGAACUGCUAGCGGUGCUGGAAUCGGCUCGCGGGGAGCUGGACGGAGCGGAGAUGAUGCUGCAGCAGGCAGAGGCGCAUUUGUCAAGCUUGUCGAUGGACCCAAACGCUGCUCUGGCCGAAGAGAGCAAACUUACUGCUCAAGUCGCCUGCCUACAGAGCCUGGACUCGGGAAGUCCUGCUGCUUCAGAAGGAGACGUCUUCAAGGUGCAUCUGGAAUGUCAGCAGCAAGUGAUAGAGACAGCAGCGGUCCAGGUCGAGCGCGGCGUUUGUUUCUUUAACGAAGUUUUUUCAUUUGAAAUCAGUAGCAGAGAUGGAGAUCUCCGCCUUUGCCUCAUCAAAGUUGACCCAAACUCUGGCAGAGAAGAGCUCGUGGGAGACUGCUCUGUUCUUUUGCAGGACCUGAGCGACCAAAAGAAAAGGGAAUUCGUGAAGGAGAUAUGGGGGCACGCCGGAGAGAUUGUACUGUCUUGCCAAUGGAUCUUCUCAAAGCGAGCCCUCUAUGAGCAAUACCUUCACGAGUUCACAAUUCGUCGGGAGGCCAAAAUAAGGGAACUGUCGGACUACCAAGAAGAGCUGGACAAGCUGAAUCGGCCCUUCUGCAUGGUCGAUUCGGGGGGCGGCGGCUUGCUUAACUGCGUGAAGAUAAUUCCCGAACUUUUGUCUCGCCAGUUGGAGGAUCUCCGAGAGUAUCUGAAGCUUCCUGGUUGGAUGCUGACCAGCCAGUACGCCGUGGCUUUGACAGUGUUGCUUUCCAGCGUUGCCGGACAUUCGCGAGCUGUUUACCUAGACCAGUGCAUUGCUGCUUUUCUCUUUUGGAAUAACUUGAAUCCAAUUCGAUGGACAUUGGGGCGAUAUUCCUUCCUAAUGAUUUCUUGCAUCAUGUCCGCUUCUUCCGUCUCAAUACCCGAGCACUAA